ACUUAUGGGUCACUCUGCAAGAAAAGAAUGUGGUUUGCUUAUGUGCAUCUUUUUCAUAGGGGGUGUUACAUAUGAUAUGACAACAGGGCUAUAGGCAUGUGUAACAUCGCAUGGCAUUGCUGAUGCACACACACAUACACACAGUUUGUUAGCAACAUAGCAUGACCAUUCAGUUUCCCCAGUCAGCGGUGCCCCUGAGCCAGUGCAGGAUCUGAACAGCUGCAGCUGUCUAUUUUAAGGAGCUUGUGUUUUACUAGGCCACCAGAGUAAAGGGUGACAACUGUCAGUCACUAGGUUGUCAGAGAUGGCCUCUGCCAAGCCCGUGUUGUAGAGAGUCUAGGAUUCAUUUAUGUAAUCAUCUUGACAAAUAGUUUUGUGUAACAUGCGUCCUGCAGCAGGCCAGUGCAUUGAUUAUUCGGAUUCUCGCAGCAAUAAAAAAAAAAUUGUAAUGGUUUUCUGUUUUAGGUUGUUGACUGCUGCACAAGAGAGGCAAGAUUUUCAUUUUAUACAGAUGGAGCAAGGAUUGAAAUUUUUAACAGAAACACUGGCGAUCUGUGUGCAGCUUGAAAAUUGGCAGGCUGCGCUGUUUCAAAAUCUGCUCCAAAACCUGGACGUAAAAUAAUAUUUUUGCUUAUCAUAACGGGUUACCAUGGCAAUUGUCAAGAUCUCCCCACAAGAUAGCAAAGCCUUCGAGGCCAUUGUGACUUUUUCCCUUGCAUAGAUCUUUUCAACAUGACUCAUGCUUGCUCGCUUUCAGUUGCCCUUCUUUUUUGAGUCUGCAGCCAUGGUUCAAAGGGCACGAGUUCCCUUUUUCGAUGAGUCACAUAGUUGUAAAAACAGUGCUUUCUAUCAUGUUCAACCUGCUGUCUGUUCGGGUUGUUUGGCGGGAAAGAGAGCUUCCUUUCUGUUGCAGGGUGUUGCCCAUGAAUGAGGAAAACACACAGACUUCUUCGGAUCUAUUCACCCCAAGGCCGGCAACCUCUGGAUGGGUCACAAAGAACUUCAGAGGGGAAGAGAAGAUUAUCUUGGUUGACCUGACUCCUCCUUACACUGAUGUCAAUGUAGUUUUAUAGCUUUAUUUUACUGUGGAUACCCUUUGAUUUUUGGAUUGAUAUAUUCAAGUGACAACCGGUUGAGCAUCAGUAGUUCGUUGGUUGAAAAUAUUCACCUGGCUCGGCUUAUUCAUGCCCGUCAUGAGUGUGCCAGCCCAGCAGAAACCCAGCGCCAAAAGAACAGGCAAACGCAUCACAUUUUUCAACGAUCAAAGCGUAGCAAUGAAGGAGACUUCUCAGCACCCUGAAGGGUCUUAUUAUGUCCCAGGUGGCACUGCUUCAGAUCCCGGACAGAGCGAGGCUGCAAGUACCGUGACCUCCAAUCCAGAAGGCCCUCACAUGUACCUCAAUUCUGUUAUCUUCAGCCCAGAUAAGGGUGACCAGAGCAGGGGUCAUUAUCAGCAGACUGUUCCAAUGAAGUGGGCCCACCAGGAGCCCAGUCAGCAGCAGCCAUCACAGUCCCUGCAGCAGAGAGCUGCCUCUUGGACCACCAUGAGUAACUGGGGACAAAACUUUACAAAUUAUAUCGGAGGAGUUAACGUAACAGACUCAAGGACCCAGAAUGCGUUUGUGAAGUCGAUGCACGAGACUUCUGGCUUACAGCCACAUCAACAGCCCCCAAACAGAGCUGCAGACAAGCAGCCUCUAGGGGCCAACCCUGCAGUGGAAGUCUACAGGGAUGCGGUUAAGGCUCGGGGCAUGGAGUGGGAGCAGCAGCAGCAGUCUCAGGCCUUUCAGGAAACCUUAAAACCUGGGGCACUGAACACUCAGCAGCACAGCACUUCCCACCCAGGAGGAAGCUCAGUUCUGCAGCCCUUCCAGUUGGCCUUUGGUCAGCCUAAGCAGCAUCUGACAGCCUACUACCAGACCUUUCAAGGCAACAGGACAACCCUACCUAACCCACCAAACUACUCAACACAGGCAAAACCCCCACACCAGUUACAGCAGCUGCAGAAGCAAGAGCAAAUACAACGCCAGCAACAACAUCACAUAAUCCAGCAGCAAAUUCAGCAGCAGCACCAUCAACAAAUGCAGCAACAACAAAUCAUUCAGCAUCAACAGCACGUACAGCAACAGCUACAGCAGCAGCAGCAACAAAUACAGCACGAGCAGCAGCAACAAAAGAUACAGCAACAGCAACAACAGCAGCAGCAAAUACAACAACAGCAACAGCAGCAGCAACAGCUCCAUAUUCAGCAGCAAAUGCAACAUCAGCAGUUGCAACAACAAAACGCUCAUGUGCUUGACUAUUACCCUGGUCCACAAAAUGCACACCCUCACCCACAUCCACAGCCUGUGGUGGUACACUCCCAGGAGUCCUCUGCUCCAGCUCCCCCAAAGAUCCAGGAACCAGUCAUCCAGGACAUCACCCCAGAACCCCAGCAGUCGUCAGAUCCCCUGCAGCCCCCUCUCCAGUCUGAGCCCCUGUCCCAGUCGCAGCCCCAGACGCAGCUCCAAUCGCAAACGCAGCUUCGCAGAUCACGACGGCUCUCCAAGGAAGGAGGGGCGCCAUCCGACAACCCUUUUCUCUCCGUCUCCUCGGAUCAGGCAGCCCCGGGGCUGCAGGGCUCCCAGAACGGGGCCCGUGACAUUCAGGCAGCCCCAACGGGCGUCAUCCAGAGCACGCGCAGGAAACGCAGGGUGUCCCAGGAGGUCAACCUGGAGACCCUUGCUCAAAAGGCCUCGGAAAUGGAGUCUCUGCCGUCACAUGUUGUCAAGGAGCCACACAGACCAUGGAGUCCCAGUGAAUCAGAGGCCAAGCGCCCUCGAGACGACAACCUUCUGCCGCUCGUCAUCCCCGUGUCUGUGCCGGUCCGGAGGCAGGAUCCCUCCUCCCCUGACAGAGAUGAAGCAACCCUGGCCUCCAACUGGCCCCCCAGGCCUUCAAACCCCCAGGACCUCGGCCGUGCAGACCACACACCCUCGGUCAUUGUCACCCGGAGACGCUCACUCAGGAACUCCUUGUCAGAGAGCUCAGAGCAAAAUGGCGGCACAGAGGGGGAGAAAGACGAAGAUGGCAAAAAGUCCAAACGGCGUCCCCGGCCUGAGCCCCUCUUCAUCCCACCACCUAAACCCGGUUUAUUCAUCGCUCCGCCAGUGUACUCCACCAUCACACCUUACCAGAGCCACCUACGCUCCCCUGUACGCCUGGCUGACAACCCCCUCACCAUGCCCCCCUACACGCCUCCACCUAUCCUCAGCCCUGUUCGUGAGGGCUCAGGCCUCUACUUCUCCACCUUCCUGUCUUCUGCAGCAGCCGCUGCCGCCAGCGGCCAGGGCCUGCCACCUCCCGCAACGCCCAAGUCGGCCACACGCAGCCUGUUGCGUUCCAACAGCUGCGAUAUCACACCCCCAGUUCUGUCGGCUAUGAGCGAGGCCACUCCAGUCAGCAUCGAGCCGCGGAUAAAUAUUGGGUCGCGGUACCAGGCGGAGGUGCCAGAGUUGAGGCAGCGGUCAGCUGUCGAGCUGGAUCACCAUUGCGCGGAUCUGGUCUGGGCGCCACUGAAUGAGUUGGAGGAAAAACCUGACUUCCACGAGAAAGUGGAAGACCUCAUGCACAUGGCCUGCUCCAGUGUUUUGUGUGGAGGAGGCACCAACCAGGAGUUAGCCCACCAUUGUCUGUACGAAUGCAAAGGGGACAUAAUGGCUGCUCUGUCGCUCCUGAUGCUGAGGAACCCAAUUUUCUCCAAGUCUCAUCAGCUGUCAAACUACCACUACUCAGGAUCAGACAGCUGGACGGCAGCUGAGAGACGCCAGUUCAACAAAGGCAUCACUGCAUACAAGAAGGACUUCUUCAUGGUGCAGAAACAGGUGACCACUAAGACGGUGGCGCAGUGUGUGGAGUUUUACUACACGUACAAGAAACAUGUCAAGAUGGGCCGCAACGGGACGCUGAUCUACGGAGAGGCAGAGCCUUUGGAGAGCAGGACCACUGAGGAGGAGAUGGACCACAAGCAGGGCUCUCACAGACUGGAGCCGCAGCGGGAGGAGGACAGCAGGAAGUGGGAAGGAUCAGCUGACAGGAAACAGGAUGUCGGCCCCACCAGGGUCACACACGCGCUGCAGUCCACUGAGAACCCCGGGACCGUCCUGAUCAUGAAAGGCCAGGACGACACGGGGAGGGACCAGCCGCUGUCUCGGGUCAUCCACGCCCCUCAUCCACCUCCUCCCAGCUCCAAAGCACGCUACGAUGGCAACGCACGCCGGACGAGCCCUUCAACAGGCAACAAAGCCUCAGCCGGGCAGGAGGGAGAGUUCCCCUGCAAGAAAUGUGGCAGGGUUUUCUACAAGGUGAAGAGCCGCAGCGCCCACAUGAAGAGCCACGCCGAGCAGGAGAAGAAGGCGGCAGCGCUGCGUCAGAAAGAGGCCGAGGAACGCGCGGCGGCGAAAGCAGCAGCCGAGGCCGCCGCCAUCCUGGCUGCACGGCAGCAGAACGGGACGCGGCAGGCGAGCGGGGACAGCACCAACGACGACUCGUCAGACAGGGAGGACGAGGACGAUGAGGACUGGCAGUGAGAGAAAGGCUGCACCCUCUGAUCGUGGGGUGGUUUGUUCUCUGGGAUGGGAGGAGGAACUUUUUUUUUUUUUUUUUUAAAAGAUGAAGAAUCCCUCCUGUGAACUCUCUGUACAUUUUGUGGAUCAAGAAGACUUCCGUUGCUUGGCACAUUCAGGGACAGAUUUACUCCUGUGUAUGUGUUUGAGUGUGAAUGUGUGGACUGAGUGAGAGCGCGUGUGUGUGUGUGCGUGCGUGCGUGCGUGCGUGUGCGUGUGUGUGUGUGUGUGUGCGUGCGUGCGUGCGUGUGCGUGCGUGUGCGUGCGUGCGUGUUAACUCACCAACGCCCCUUUACUCUGCUUGAAAAGCUUUUCAGGAGUUACCUCUCUUGGUCACAGGGCUCGGUCAAAUCAAAGCCAUGCCGCUCCUCUCGGCGCUGUCCUGCCCUCCACGCCAGGCCGCGGCCUUCCUCAGCACUUUGAGUCUCGCCCUGCUUCGUUUGUCAGGCGUGGAACUUGCUGGACCCUCUUUUUUUUCUCUCUCUCUCUCUCUCUCGCUCUCAAUGAGCCACAGCACGCGCUUGCUUAAGCUGCGUCCCAACUCUCCGUCAUCGGAUGAAGUUUUUUGACGAAGUGAACGCUGAAAUCUGACUGCUGGGAGGAGGGGGGGUGGGGGUGGGGGUGGCGAGUAACAAACGGAGGGUCGUGAAGAUGGACAGAUGGGUGGAUGGCCUUUGUAAACUGUUGCCUCUGUUUCGCCGCUCUUCUGCAUUCAAGGCUGCCAAAAGCUUUCUCAGACGCAUGAUGUGCACCAAAUGGGUUCCCUCCCUCUGUGUGCGUUGUUCAUUUGGGCUUCAGUUCUGUGAAUCUCCCCUUCAGCCCUCGUCACUUUUUCUAGUUCAGUUUGUUCCUCACUGUUGAUGCCUUGGAUGUUUUAAUGCUUUUUAUCUUGAAAUGACAAUCAAUUUUACACUGUUGUUGUUUUUUUAUAUGAUAUAUAUAUACAGGUAAACGUUACUUUUUCUGCCUGUGUAGCUAUAUAUGGCUAUUGUUGUUGUUUUUGUGAAUAUUCUUGUUGAUGAUUAUUAAUAUUAUUAUUAUUAUUAUUAUAUCCUGGUUUUGGCUGCAAUUUAAUUGAGCGCUUUUUUCCGUACUUGUCCAUAGCUUUUUCUUUCUUUUUUUUUUCUUUUUUCUUUUUUUUUUAAUUUAAACAAAAAACAAAAAUAAUGCUACUUGCUGCCUGUUUAUAACUGUGAGAUUUUUUUUUUGGAAGCCAGACAUGAAGAAAAGGCAGAAACGUAUGUGCAAUAGAACAAGUAGAUCCCCCGUUACCAGAGUGUCCAAGUCUCCCCCUCCCUCCCCCCUCCUAUCUAUGUCACGCUUGCGCCCGGCUGCUCUGGAUGCCUCGCUGUCAACCCUUUAACUGAUAGGAGGCUCUGACUCCGCAGGUCUCUAUAGAUACACAGAAAAGCGGGAAAGACGACAAACAGCACAAACUAAUUCAAGGCACACUUAUAAAUAUCCAUGUUCCUGGCACAGCCAGAGCCAGAGUUGACUUUUUAUUCUUGAUAAUAAAUUACUGAUACAAACUGGCAUUAAGAAAUGCAAAAACAUUGUUCGAUGCAAAACAAAUUCAACUCAAAUUUUUCUAGUUUUUACAGGAGGUUUUGAACUUACAUUACAUUUCCCAUUUACUCCUCUUAGACUGGUAUUUUCUUUGUUUACUAUUUCAGAUUUACCUCAGACUGUAAAUUAUUGAUCAUCAACGAACAAGGAUUGAGAGGGGAAGAAGCAUUCUUUACUGCAAACCACACUUAACUCAAAUUUCCCUGUUUUUAACAGGGAAUUCAAAGUUUUUACAGGAGGUUUUGAACUUACAUUUGGUCCUGUCCCGGCCUUUCAGUCCGAGAUCUACACUUUAACCACAGACUGUUAUUAAUUGUUUUAAAAAAAAAAAAAAAAAAAAAUUACUGUUACAAACAGGCACUAAGAGAAACUUUACUGUAAACCAUACUUAACCCAGAUUUGACUGGUUUUUCUAUGGGAUUCUGAAUGGGACAUGAGACUUAAAUUUUUUCUUUGCUUUUAGAAUCAGAUAUCAACAUAUAAAAUGUGAUCAGUUGAGUUUACUUUGUACACUUGCCACAAAGUGUAAAUCUUUGUCAGUUAUUAUUUACUGUCAUUAACAAACAGACGUUAAGAGGCAGGAUCAUUCUUUUCUGCAAACCAUACUUACUCAGCUUUUUUUUUUAUUUAUUUAUUUUUUUUUUUAUUUUUUUUUUUAAUACAGAUUCUUCCAUUAUCAGAUUAAUUUGCUUGGUGUCUCUUAAAUUGAGAUCCUUUAAGCCAGAGAGAUGAAUGAUAUUGAUUUUCUCUUUUGCCGGCAUGCAAGAGUGUCUGAAACUGCCUUUAGGUCGUUGUGACACUGACACACUCCGAUGAAACCUUGACUUUGUGGGUCACCAGUUACUGAAGGGCUGCCUGACACAGCUCAUGUAUGAGUAAGGGGAAACUAUAGAAUAAUUGAAUGAGAAAAUGUGCAAUUAGUAACAUUGAAAUGUUAAAUUGAAUUGUCUGCCAAAGUAUGGUGGUGGUUUGGAAAGAAUUUAUAGUAUCAAAAGUUCUCGGCUGUUAUUAAAGGCCAAUAUCAGCUCCAUAUUAUCAUCAGUCUAACCGUACAAUGUGUAUCUAUGGUUGCCUUUUGUUCUGUUUACCUUGUUGCUGAUAGCAGGCACUGAAUUGGACUAUGGAAACAGCAUGUUUUGAUCUAUCUCUCUCUACAUAUCUCUAUGUUAAGCCCUUCGGCCCAGAGCCAGCUUCUGUUGCCGUAGCAACAAAUGGGUUAAAGGGUUAUUUUCCUUUAAAGGACAAACCACAGUGGGGAGUUGGGGGAGAAACAGCUCCAAUUACCAGUUACUCCACAAGUUAAACCUGGGUCUAUGCACAGACUGUGUGUAUGUGUAAGUGUGUGUGUUUUGGUGAGUGGACAUACUGUUUAAAGUGUGUGUGUGGAUGAGUGCUUUGAGAUCUAAUGUUUAACUGUAUGCCAGUCAGUGGAAAAAAACAAAAAAAAAAAACAAGAUUUGCAGACUGUUCACAUGUUUGGUAUGUUAAUUUAUAUUUCCUUUUUAUUUGGGCUUUUCUUGAGGUUCUCUUGAGGGGAAGUUGUCAUGAAAAAGGGUUUUCAAGCUGUUUAAAAAGCAGAAUUAUGGUUGACACCGAGGCCACGACUCACACACAGCUGUAAACUUUCCUCAUUUCAUCCAGUUGGUUAAAGGAAUUUUGGGGGUAAAAAGGUUUAUUUAGCUAAAGAUUAGAAAAUAUAUAUGAAUGAAAUUCUAUGUUUGCAUACUUUUUAUGCUAUUUUCAUAUGGGGUUCACACUAAUGAAAACAGAAAGGAAUCUCAAGUGCUUUUUACUACAGUGUAACUUAUUUGUUUCGAUUUGAUUUUUACCACCUGUGUUUUUAGUAAUGAUUCAUGAAGCACUGUGUAUUAAAGUUUUAAAAUAUUCAGCAAA